UUAACACAAAAACCAUGCGAGGUAGGUUGGUUUUGCUCGCCAAAAACCAGAGCAAUUAAAAGCUUUGGUUGAUGGUAGGUCAUCCGCCCCCGCGUCCUCAUUAACUCUUCUCUUCGCCCCCAUGGCGAAUGCAACUGCCGCUUUAUAAAACUUCAACUGACCAAAGCACUCGCAAAUCACGACCUCGCGUCUUCUCCUCUCCGCCUCUACUCCACAGCCUUCUUAUCGCUUCGAUGGCGGGCUUUCUCUCCGGCAUUCGCAGCCUGUACCUCUCAGUCUAUAACUGGGCGGUCUUUUACGGAUGGUUCCAGGUUUUGUACCUAGCUAUCAAGACUCUCAAGGAAUACGGGCACGAGCAGGUGUAUGAUGCGGUCGAGCGGCCUCUUCAGCUCGCGCAGACCGCCGCCAUUUUAGAGAUAUUGCAUAGCCUUGUUGGUCUGGUGAGAUCCCCGGUUUCGGCCACCUUACCGCAGAUUGCAUCAAGGUUGUAUGUUACUUGGGGCAUCUUGUGGAGUUUUCCAGAGGCCAGGUCGCAUGUUCUUGUUAGUUCGUUGGUUAUUAGCUGGUCAAUAACAGAGAUAAUUAGGUACUCGUUCUUUGGCUUGAAGGAAACUUUUGGUGCUCCACCUUCUUGGCUCUUAUGGCUGAGGUAUAGCACCUUUUUGGUAUUGUAUCCAACAGGCAUCACAAGUGAGGUUGGCCUCAUAUACAUUGCCUUGUCAUACAUGAAGGCAUCUGAAAAGUAUUGCUUGAGAAUGCCCAACAAGUGGAACUUUUCUUUUGACUAUUUCUAUGGAGCUGUUCUGGUUCUUGGUAUUUAUGUACCAGGGAGCCCACAUUUGUAUACUUACAUGCUCGGGCAGCGCAAGAAAGCUCUUUCUAAAGCAAAGACAGCAUAGUGGAGUCCAGCUUCCCGUUGAAAAUUGUACUUGUGAUAAUCUAUUGAUCUUUCUUUGAUAUUUUUUUCUUCUUCUUCUUCUUAUUUUUAUCAUUGCUUUGUUUGUGAAGAAUCUGGAAAGCUACCAAACGCUAGAUUCUGUUGGAGAAGUUGCUUGAUCUUAAAUUUUUAGUAAGCCGUCAGUGUUUGCCUUCUCUCUGUAUCAAUGGGAUUUAGAUUCAAAUAUAUAAAUGUUAACUUUGGACCUUUUGCUUUAGCGGUCAAA